UGCAGUGUAUUAAGAAAUUAUAAGAAGUUGAUCUACAUCAGAACUACACCUGGGAGACAAGUUACUUAGAAAAAGUAGUAAUAUGAAAUUGAAUGUGAAAAUGAAAUCGACUGUAAAUGAGAUGUGAUUCCAUAACUCAAAAAAGUCAUAUGCCAGCAAAAAACAUCAGACAACAACAUAAGUGGCUAGGCCUACUUGUUUACAGGCCAUUAACCAAUCAAAUGAAAUGCUCCACAAAAUUCAAGAAAUGUCUGUUUAGGUUAUAUACCAUACAAUGUCUAUCAGUCAGACACUUUCCGAUGAGAUGAAAGUGGCCACAAAUGUAUCUUGGACAGGCCUACUGUUCCAAUAGUUUAUCCCAAUUGUCAUUAGCAAUUUGUCACACCAUUAUGUUUUAAGUUUGUAUUUUGAAGUGAUCAUGAAUGGGCCCAGGCCAGUUGUAGUCUACUUGCAGAAAUGGGUUAGGGGUUUUAAAUUGAUUAUAGACUAGGCUAGGUGUUGAUAUUUGGUGUUGGAAUGUUGGUGUUUUGCUCUCGACUUAUCUGCUACCCAAUCAAGCCGUGUUUUAGUCUACUAGAAUAGGCCUAGUAGAGUAGGCUAAUUCGUGAUUUAUAUCAGCAAUAGACUUUUAUAUUUGGCAAAAUAUUGUUAAUUGGCCAAGCCCCCCCGGCGACAGCCCUCUGCCUUUGCAAUGAAGUCGUUGAACAAAGCCUUAUCUCAUUUAACUCUAAAUAACUAACCAGUUUGGUUAGACUACAUGGGCCAUGGUGUUGGUGUAUAUAAUAGGUUAAACAAAUCAGACCUGAAUCAGAAUAGGUCAAACAAAUCUAGACUUCAAAGAGUUUGGAAGUUCGAGACAGUAUUUCUUUGUUUCAAACAAUGUUCGUAGACGACAAUUCGUUUUGCUUUGACUUAAUGUGGUUGGGGUAACUAUUCUGUAUUGUUCUAGCAAACUGAAACUGUAUUUCACAGUUUGCACAAAUAUUAUUGAUUACUAACACCCUCUCUGGUUUACAUCUAUCGGAUCGGUAAGAUUUUACUUUGAAUUGUAGACUUUUCGCUAGCGAGUAGCGGCGAAUUUCGUGAGUAGCGCUUCAAGCCACGCUAUCACGCCUAUUGCACAUGCUCAGUGUUUCGCGCUGCAGGACCGAUAGACCAAAGACGGGGGUUCUCGAGGCGACGUUGUACCUCAAACCCAGCUCGGAUAUAGGCCUAGAUGAGUUGGUGUUGAGUGUAAUGGUAGCUGAAAUGUGCAGUAUGUACGUUAGGAUGAAGAAGGUAAACUUUUCCUAAUCCAAUAGUGAACAAGUUGAUCUGGACAUGGAAUAAGGUUUUGACUUUUCUGUUUGAACACUGAAGAAGUGGAUUAAUGACAUCUCAUUACUGCUUAUAACAACUGAAAUUCAUGUAUGUCUUUCAACUGGAUUUGGUUAUUGAGAAAGAGACCCCAAUUUACAUGAGGCUUUAGACAUAAUAUUACUGGUGACAAAAGAGGGCAGGAAAUUACUUAGCUUCCAGGUGUUUAGCCUCUUAGCCUCCAUCUAAUUAAUUGAUGCAAAUGACCAAGGAACCUGCUGGGUGAAGUGAAACCAGAACAGACAGGGCUGCUAAUGAUGGUGUUGCAUGGAACCAAGCGGCCAUGACAACCGAAACAGAAGUGGCAAAAUCUGAGCCGGAGAGGUCCAUGCCUCGGUUAAAGGGCUGGCCUCAAUCCGAGCAUAGGAUGGAGGCACAAGUGAUUCCCCCCAUGGUUGAGGCUGGGGAUCUCCCCAAUGGGCCCCCUCCUGCAGGCUGGCUGGAACCCCUGGAUGACUUUGAGGAGGACGAAAAUGAUGGUGACCAGGGGUUCCACACAGGUGGUCACGAGAAAGCUGGCACAGGGAGAGACGUGUUGAAGAGGACUCAUCGGGAUGGCUUCUGGACUGUCUCCCAGCAGAAGAGGUCUCCCGCUGAGCUCGAUGAGUUGUGGGUUGACUGCCCAAAUCUGGGAAAAGGAUGGAAGAGAAAAGAGAUCUUCCGACACUCAGGGAAUAGAUCAGACACCUACUAUAUGAGUCCAGAUGGUGUCCGUCUGAGGAGUAAAGUUGCGCUUGCCAAUUACCUCACCUGCACUGACCUCCGCAGCUUUGACUUCAAGGGGGGAUUGUUCAAGACAAAAUCAAAGCAGAAACAAUUCAAUAACUCAGAGCACGGAAUCUCAUCAGGACAGACCACCCCAUCUGAAAGGUCAUCCACCCCGACUGCUCUGCCUGGAACACCCCAAAGCGUCAUCACACCCCAGCGACCAAAUUCAAAACGCAACUCUAAGCCAUCCCGACCCUCCAGCGACUUCGGCAGCCCCCCACACCUCACCCCGAUCUCCCCGCUGGUGCAACGGGCCACUCGUUCACCCUCACUCUACCCUGGAGACCUCAGCCCUGCUACCAGCCCCAGUAAACUCGCCAGCAAUGCCCUGUGGCUGCACCCUGCGCUGGAGCCAGUGAGUCCCGUUGAGAGACCCAAAAAUGAAGUGCGUUCUGGUGCACCACAUAGACAUGUCUCUAUGAAGGUUCAGCCCAGAUUCCCCUCACCUCCACUGACCCGUCACAUCAUGGAUCCAAAAAUGGUGCUCACUGCGAACAGGCAGCGUCCUGGGCUUAGCCCAGUGGUCAGCCUUGUGAGAUUGGAUUGUGCGAAGUGUCGACGUCCCUUUUCUUCAGUGGGAAAUAAGGAGCUCUGUACCUCAUGCACUCCUUUGAAUAAUAACAAUCCCAACCGGAACAUUGUCUUCAAGAAGAUUGGACAUGGCAAGUGGGUCCUUGCCAAUCCUGCAAACCUGAAAACAGAGAAGAAAGUCAAGAGCUCAGAGCAUGAAAUGAAAAUUCCUCCCUGGAAAUCCCAGAGACUGUCAGAGCUCAAAUCUAAAAAGCAUCCUCAGAACAGUGACUCUGAAGACAAUGAAGACAGAGCAGCUGAAUUUCAGGCUCAAAAGAAGCGCCAACGGCGAACGUGCUUCAAGUGUGAGGCCUGCCUUCGGACAGACUGUGGGAAAUGUGACCACUGCAAGGACAAGCCCAAGUUUGGGGGCCGCAACACAAAGAAGCAGAAGUGCCGACUUCGACAGUGUAUUUAUGAGGGUACUUUUAAGAAAUACGGUUCCAAAAGGCAGGCCAAGUAUGAGACCAAACAGCAUGAUAUGAAGCAGUACAUCCUCCCCACUAGGCCACGGUCCAAGAGGAAGCACAAGAGGCCGGUCUGGGAGGAAGACUACACAGACCCAGAUGACGAGGAGGAGAAGAAGCAGAGGAAACGAAGCGAGAGUGUGGACAGGGACGAGGAGGAGGGCAACGAAGAUGAUGAAGACUAUGGCAUGUUUGAGUUAGAACAGGUAGCUGUGAAUGAUGACAUCAGCAAUGACUAUGUCAGUGGCGCAUUGAACACUGAGGAGUCUUCGCACACAUUCCCCAUAGUCUUUCAUAACGGAAAUCUGCAGAUGGAGCUGCAGCGCAGCUAUCUCCAAACCAAUGGAUCAGAGGGGCCCAUGGUUGUGUACAGUUUCGUAGCUCCACCAGCAGGAGGUGCUGUGGGGCUCAGUGAAGACGUGCAGAUGGUGAGCAUGGACAUGGGCGCACCAGUCGAAGAGGAGCCAGUCGAAGAGGAGCCAGUAGAACCAGAAGACUUACCACCUGUUAUGUCUGGGAUCUUCAGUCUUGCCGACGGCUCGGAGCCUCUGGAGGGCACGGGCGAGCCGGAGCUGCUGCACCUGCUGGCCGCGCUGCGCUGCACUGUGCUGCCGGCCCACUGGAUGGCCGUGCUGGCCAAGGGCCCGGCGCUGCAGCUGCUUCAGUGCUCGCGCCGCUCAGCCAUGGCCGACACGGUGCUCCAGAUCGAGCCGGGCUUCCACUUCGGGCUGAGACUGCAGGGCCUGCCGCUGCCGCCGGCACACCCGGUCUACGAGCGCCAUCCGCCUCGGCUCACCACUGUCAGCGUUGUGGUGGAGCUGCUGCUGGACCUGGAGGGCCUGGCUGUGUGCCAGGGCUACCCAUGGGGCUCUGCUCUGGCUAACCAGGCCGUGCUCCGCGGGCGAGCGGCCGGCUGCCACCUGUUGGUGGAUCCCGAGGAGGAGGGUGAGAGCUGCGACAGAUGCCACCCGCCCUCGUCUGACUAACCUGUGUAGGAGGAGGAGGAGGAGGGGGGUACUUCUCCUGCUGGACUGAGGUUCUGGUUAGUUCAGAGACCAGGCAAGUCUUUGAAGGCCACUGACAGUUUGGUGCUCUCCCCGGUUGAAUUAUUGUGUCUUACAAUGAAGGAACAGUAGGCAAAGCCUCCACACCUUUCAGGAAAACCCAUAGCAAUAUGUCUGUACUUGUACAGAUACACUCUUUGCCUUUUGAUCUGUCAUCCACACUACAUGAUGGAGGGCUUGGAGCCAGGUGCAGCUGAGAUGGCAGACCUUUGGUGCUCUUCUCUACCUCUUGGGGGGGGGGGGGCGGACAUGCCUCCUUGCCUUGCUGUUGCAGGUCGAUAGGCACAGUGAUGCAACAUGGACAGGUGCUUUGUGCAGCCGAGGAAGUCCCCACAGAGAGAGGUCACCAAGGGGAAGUGGCACCAGCCUGUUUGAUCAGACCUGUAGAGCUGACAGCGUUUGGCACUUUUCCACUCUGAAAUUGGGUCCGUUGGGGUUCCCAUUGUUGUAAAAAGAGAUAAGACUCAUAUAACCUCUGAAGUUCCUCUUGGUGCUAUGGAGCAAGGACAGCUACCCAGUAUCACUGCUUCUCUGUGGAUGUCUGUGUUUUUUCAGUUCUGGAUGUCAAUGUUUUUUUUUUUUCCAGUUCUGUGGUUGAAAAGAGGUCCACUACCACUCCAGGUGCUACUAGACGAACAGUCUACUCUGUAUAACUUGGGCUUAAAGUGUUGUUUAACAUUUUAAAUAAGUUUUCCAAAUGUUUUUUUCUUUUCUUCAUAUUUUGCCAUUUUAUCACACAGUUUGUCUUGAAAAAGAUUUGAUUCGCAUUGCCAAAAAAUCAUUGUAAGACAUUUAUAAUUACCUAAUUUCCCUUCUUUAUCUUCUGUAAGUGGAAGUAAAAGCAAUUGGAUUUUUAAAAAGUCAAAUACUAUUUAAAUAUUACUGUGUUACAUUCAUACUGUUCUAAGUAUUAUUUUGCUUCACAGUUGUUGGAAGUAAAUCUAAUCUGACUAAACCAGAUUGAAAUUAUUUAGCUUUCUUGUAGAUCAACAUGUUGCAUUGACUAACAAUUCAAGGUGCUGUUUAAACUUGAGCUAAACCACUGAUGACGGAUUAUUGAUUAUGAUUAUUCUUCUCCUCUUUUCAGUUAAGUCACGUGGGAUCAUUUUUGGCUUCCUUCUUUAUAAACCUCAGAGGAUGUUUUUAAAUCAAAACAAACAAUACCAAAAUAUGUCCAUCCAUGUAAAUCGUUGUUUAUCGGUUUGCUCUGUAAGAUUGAGAAAUAUCUGCACACUGGAAUUGUUCCAACAGUUCGUCCUUCUUGUUAAGUUACUAUGUUGAAAAUAUUUUCCCCUAACUUUUGCUUUAGGAUGUCAUAGUAGUACUACAUUAUUCAAUCUAUCAGAAUCUGAAUGACUAGAUUACAUUUGGAUUGUGUGACUUGAAGUAGGAUUGUGCUCUGUAAAAUACAACAUUUGGGGAAUCAAUGUUGAUAAUGGUUCAAAAUGAUUCUAAUGUUUCUAAAUGUUUCUAUUGAAAUAUGUUCUUGUUCUACUGACAUUUUUUUCACAGAUAGCACAAUAGCACAGACAGCAAGUUUUAUUAAAGUAUGUGUGUUUUUUAAA